UGCAGGAAUUUGAUCAGGUUGAUGAGAUUUCAUUGAUGUCAACUAUACGACUGUGUCCUGUCAUAAGAUCUGUUUGCCUCCAAGACAAUGAAAAACAGCCGUUGUAAUCCUUUCUCUUGCUUAAGCAGGAAGUCACCACUCAACGGAUUUUAAAAAGCCUGAGUGCAUCUAGAACCCAGAGAAAUGCCAAGACCGUGGGUGACAUCGGGCGGCACCUUUGCCAGGGAACGCAGUAGGAAGCACUCCCCAGACAGGAUGGAACAGUCUGAAGCCAGCAGACAGCAGCCAGCUGGUGAGCCCCCGUCGCUCCAGGCUGAUGCAGCUGGGGACGUGCGUGGGAGGCAGCACGCUCCGUCUACGCGGGCGGGGACGAGCCCCACUUCACGGAGCACGAAAACUGGCGCUGAGAUUAAUCUGACGGCGGACCCGCGGGGCCUAGGGAGCAGGUGCUUGCAACCAACGCCUUCCGGUGUUUUCUGAGCAUUUGGUUGCUUGUUUAAAUGCUUUGCAGAAUUCAAGAGCAAUCACGAACCAAGUUCCCAGACACCGGGGACUACUCUGAGCAUGAGGGGUUUCCACGGGGGGGGGGGGAGGAUCAAGGUAAUCAAGGUAGGUACAACAACAGAUAGGGUGACCCGCAGACCUAGUUGGAGCGAUUUCAGCCAUGAAUCCUAGUAAUGGCGCGGUGUUGGGGGACUGUUAGCCGUGACAAGGCCUUGGUGUCACGCAUCCCACGGAACCCACUAAGCUGAGUCCUGGUGAAUCCCGGCGGCGCUGUGACCCUCCAGGCCUCCCGUUCUGCUCCCGAGGGCGUGGUCUUUCCACACUUCCCACGUGGUCCUCGCCCCUCCCGUCCGGGAUCAUGGCUGGUCCGGGCCCCGCCAGCCUAGCUCUGCCCGGCCUCGAGGAUUCGCGGUCCCGCUGCGUGGUGGUGACCGGUUUUGGGCCCUUCCAGCAGCACCUGGUAAAUUCCAGCUGGGAAGCAGUGAAGGAGCUCUCCAAGCUGGGCUUAGGGGCGGACGCUAACUUAGAACUGCGAACGCUGCAGCUGCCUGUGGAUUACAGGGAGGUGAAACGGAGGCUGACCACAAUCUGGGAAGAUUUGCAACCACAACUUGCUGUGCACGUGGGCAUGGACAUGUCCGCCAAGGCCAUCUUUCUGGAACAGUGCGGCAAGAACCGAGGUUAUCGGGAUUCAGACGUAAGAGGCUUCCAGCCCGAGGGUGGAGUGUGCCUCCCAGGUGGCCCCGAGGUAAUGCUGUCUGUCGUCAGCAUGAAGGAGGUCUCAAGGCGAGUUGCUCUUGAGGAUGUCGAGGUGGCGUUUUCCCGAGAUGCGGGCAGGUACCUCUGUGAUUACACCUACUACCUGUCUCUGCACCUCGGAAAUGGGCAUGCAACACUCAUCCAUGUUCCUCCUCUGUCACACCGACUCCCAGCCAGCCUUCUGGCCAAAGCCUUGCGAGUCAUCAUCCAAGAAAUGUUGGAAGAGAGUGGAGAAGUCCAGACUCAAAUGGCAGCAGCUUAGGGAAGCAGUAGCUG